ACGUUAUGCGCGUAGCACGUUCUUCGUGAACCAUUCCGUAGCUGAAUUCGGCCGUUUACGGAUACUUGUAAACAACUCUUGUAGACUAUAUUAAAUUGUACUAAAAUAAAAAUAAAUUAAUAUAAAUGUAGUGGUUAUUUGCAAUAUAGAUAUGGAUUUUUUAAAGUGCUGUGUCGUCAAAAAUAAAGUGUAAAAUAUUGCUUAGUAUGUAGUGACAGUGAUAGCAAGGAUGAAGGUUUUCAUUCUAUUAGCAGUCUGUGCGUUGAGCUCAGCGUACAAGAUCACACAGUUGAAAGUGCCGCUUUACGCAGACCCGCGUCGGGCUGCUGAACUCAGCUGUCACUUCCAAAUGGAUGACCAGAAGCUGCAUUCCGUCAAGUGGUACAGAGAUAUGCACGAGAUCUUCCGGUAUAACCCCUCGCAAAAGCCACCAAUCCGAUUAUUCAAUGUGACGGGCAUUAUGGUGCAAGGCGGCGAGUGCCAGGCAGAGUGGUGUCUGGUGCGUGUGAUGCCUCCACCCGUGGCCGCUAGAGCAGCUUACAGCUGUGAGAUAUCUACGGAAGGACCUAAGUUCCAGAUAGCGCGUCAAACCAAACAUAUGACUGUUGUCGCGAUGCCAGAGAGGGACCCAGUUAUAAUUGGUGCUCCAAAAUUAGUGAAACCCGGAGAGCAAAUAUUGCUUAAUUGUACCUCGGACUAUUCUCUUCCGCCCGCUGAUAUCAACUGGUAUAUUGACAAUGAGCUUCAAAAGCAAGAGCCGUGGCAACGCACGGAGCAGAGCCUGCCGCAAGCAGGUGGUCUGCGAGCGUCAUGGCGCGUGCUCCGUGUGCCGGUUCCGCCAGCAGAGAGCGGAGCGUUGCGCGUGCGUUGCGAGGCCGCAUUACCCGUGGAACCACCCGUUCGCCGUGAUGAUGCUGUCGUACUUACUCUCUAUUCACACACGCAGCUCUCCAAGUACGUCUCUAAUGCAGGUACGAACGUGGUCUACGAAAUUAAGUUAUCAUUGGUGAUUCUAUGGACUUGCAUUUUUAUUACGAUAGGAUUAUGAGGCUAAGUUAGAUAGUGGUGUUGUUAGUGUAAGUCUGUAGAGAUAUAUAGUCAGAAUAUUUUUAGCAUAAGAGCUUUACAAGUGCACAAUUAAAGAUUUAGCAAAAUGUGUACAUAUUUUGUAUAUUAAUUAGGUUUAGUUUUUUUAUUGACAAACCUAAAAAUUGGAAAUUGCUAUACCUUUUUAUUUCCAAAGAAUAGAAAGAAAAGAAAAGUGUGAUAGACAUGUAUUUACGAUAAAACCACCAUAUUUAUAUAGCUUAUUUCUUAAACUGGUCGCAAACAAUCUAUGUGUAAAACAUCACCUGGACUCGCUUGAUGCAUCCCCCCACUUCCACCGCCGCGCCCCGCUGUGGACACCUUCCUUUGUUACUUUUGUUUUUAUAUUAUGAAACUUAAUUGUCAUACCCGAAAAGAAUUACUAGUAACAGCUAGAACAAAAUACACUUUAUACACUUAACUGCAAACGGAUAUUGAAAGAACUAGAUAGAAAUUUAAAGUGCACAUUCAUAUUUUGUGGGUAUGCUAACUUAACAAAUUGUGUCAAUAAUUGAAAUUAGUCUUGGUUGUAGGUAGCUACUACCUUAUGUUAUAUUUACGGUAAAUAUGCGCUGACCAACAUUUUGCAAUACACAAUACGUGCUAAAACGUAUACGUAAACACAGUUUUUAGCUUGUGCCAAAUUAAUAUGACAUAAAGCUCUUAUGCUAUAAAAUAUAAUAUGUAAAACCCACAUGUAUUAAUAAUGAAUAUAAUUCAAUUGUGUCUGAAUGAUAUGCUUAGCAUUUAAAUUUUAUUUAUUUUUUGUACGUUUAGAAAUGAUUAUGUAUAGAGAUUUAGGUAUAUGGAGCGGGCAUUGCCAGAAACUGUAAUAUAAAAUCAUUGCUCCCAUGAAUUAUCGACGACGAAUCCACUAAAACACUACUACACACACUAUUUUGUUUAGUGCGAAGCCCGCUCUCAUCUCUACACUAUAUUUAAUCUCUUUGAUUAUGUAUAAUUUGUAAAUAAACUUUUUAGCUAAUUUAAAACGUUUUUAGACUUGUAGAAUUCACAUAAUGAUUUCACUUAGGCACUGCACCUAUUUAGAUUAAGUAAACUAUUUGAUAAUGUUCUGUGUAUCUCUAGCAGAACUGAAAUAAAAAUGUCGUGUUUUUUGUAUAUUUAAAUAUUUAUAGAAUUACUCAAAUAAAUAUUACUUAUAAAAAAAAAAACACUUUUAAAUCUCAGUAACGUAACUUAUUGUGUGAAGCUCACAGUUUUUCGAUUCCAUCAAACCCAAACUUUUUGUUUGGAUUGAUGAUUUUUAAACACGACAUCUAAAUUUUAAUUACUUUAAAACAUGAUUAAUGCAUUUCAAUUCGUUUAAAUUAUUGAGUUUUAUUUCAUGACUUCAGGUGUUUGCCCCCGCCUUUCGAACCAUGUUGCCUAUUCAGACGCUGUGAGGAUAUUUACAGAAAUCUAUUUGCUGUUUCUUUCAGGAAGUUUCCUAUUUGACCCAAGUACUUAACGUAUCUACACUCGCAGUCGUGAAUUAUAUAACUGCAUUCAGAAAUUAAUGUCGACCGCUUCGGCUUUAGAAACCUAGAUUUAUUUUCAACCAUAUUUCGCAAUAAUAGUUCUGUCACUGACCGCUAUAACCGUCCAUCAUGGAUUGUGCAAUACCGCAAUGAAAUUGACAUUUUCUAGUACCGAUUUCAUUGAUAUAUCUGACUUUAAACUAUUUUACAGUAAUAUUUAGAAUAUUAUUUCUUUUCACCUUUUUAAUUAUAAGGAACAUAACAAUUUAAGGCAAAAUAAAUGUAGGAAAUUGUAUUUUCCGUAUGAAAAAACUCACGUAGGUCUAAUACAUUUUUAUCGAAAAUUUCGUUUCUUUAGAUAAGAAAUGGAAAUAUUAUAUUAUUUUUAAGCAACCUUAUUUAUUUAAAUUUUGUUUCGUCCACAGUUACUAAAUGAAAUGUUAUUUCGAAAAUAAAUUGUGUAUUCUAGGGUAUCACAAGAAAACUAUUGAAAAAUAAAUAUAUUCAAUAAUAACUAUAGAAUAUCAUUGUUCAUUAGCUUGUUUAUAGAUUUUUUGGUAAUUGUAUUUUAUAGCGCAUAAUGUACGUCAUCAACGAGUACGUGACUCUAAUUUAAUUUAAAUUUAUUUUUAACAGUGGAACUUGUAAUUUAUCUUGUUAAGGCUAUAAUUUCGAUUUUAAAAAUACGUUAGUAUAUUUAAUUUAUACUUAAACCUUUUUUUUAAUGAGUAUUGCUGAUACUCAUUAAAAAAAAGGUUUAACAGCGUAAAUUAAUUUAUUGAAUACUUAAGUCUUACACUUUUUGUAUAUUUUGUACAAUAUCCUGAUUCUAUGAUAAGAUGUAAUUAGUAAAAAUAAAUUAGUAUUUAAUCUAUGGCUGUGUUUCACAUAAGGUUAAGUCAAUUCUUUGCACGAUGUCGUCUUUAUAUUUAAUGUCAUUAAAUUGUUUUAGUAUGUUGUUUUUAAAAAUACGUUAAUAAAUUAUGGUAUGAAA